CUUCCGGCCCAGUUUGUUUUUUUUCUGUCACUUGUAGAAAUGAGAACUAAAAAGAUCGUGUGCGCGGAUGUGCUGUGUCUGUAGUGACUUUUUCCGGGCCUCUUUUUUGGGAGAAGGUACCAGUCUGCCUCGGUGAGGCAGAAAAGGUCCGUGAUGUCAUUGGGCUUUGCCCUUCCAGAAAACAAGCUCUAGCUGGACGGUCCAGAGGCUCCAAUGGCUGCGGGCUCUGGGGUCGCCCCGCCACCUCUCGGCGUUGGGCUUUGUGCGGUGAAAGUGGAGGAGGACUCUCCGGGGAGUCAGGAACCCUCCGGUUCCGGAGAUUGGCAGAAUCCCGAAACUUCUCGAAAACAGUUCAGACAAUUGCGCUACCAGGAAGUAGCCGGCCCUGAGGAGGCGCUGAGCCGACUUUGGGAGCUCUGUCGGCGGUGGCUGAGGCCCGAGCUGCGCUCCAAAGAGCAGAUCAUGGAGCUACUGGUGCUGGAGCAGUUUCUUACCAUCCUACCUCAGGAGCUCCAGGCCUACGUGCGGGACCACUGCCCUGAGAGCGGGGAGGAGGCUGCGGCUUUGGCGCGAACUCUGCAAAGAGCACUGGACGGGCCUCCUCCAGGUGAGACUCGAAGCUUUGCGACUUUCAAGGAUGUGGCUGAAUCUCUGACCUGGGAAGAGUGGGAGCAGCUGGCUGCAGCUCGGAAGGGUUUCUGCCGAGAGAGCACAAAGGACCCUGCGAGCACAGUUGGUCCUGGCUUGGAAACCAAAGCUGUGACCACAGACGUGACUCUAAAGCAAGAAAUGUCAAAGGAGACAGAGUCCCAGGCAUGGCUACAAGAAGUGUCCCAGGGAAAGGUCCCAGUAUUUACCAAAUGUGGUGAUACCUGGGAGGACUGGGAGGAACGGCUUCCAAAAGCUGCCGAAUUGCUGCCCCUCCAGAGUUCUCCUGAAGAGCAAGGACGCACUGCCAUCCCACAUCUCCUCGGUGUGUCCAAAGAUGAAAGCAAUUCUAAAGAUAAUGAAUUUGGAAACAGCGGCAGCUUGGUCCUUGGUCAGCACAUCCAGACAGCAGAGGGUCUGGUUACCAAUGGUGAAUGUGGGGAGGACCACAAACAAGGCUUACAUGCGAAAUGCCACACGGUGAAGCCUCACAGCUCUGUUGACGGUGCUUUGGGGCUUCUUGAGAGCCAGAGGCAUUUCCAAGAAGGCAGACCUUAUAAGUGUGACAGCUGCGAGAAGAGAUUCAGACAGCGCUCAGACCUCUUCAAACACCAGAGGACUCACACGGGCGAGAAACCCUAUCAGUGCCAAGAAUGUGGCAAAAGCUUCAGUCAGAGCGCUGCCCUGGUGAAACACCAGCGGACACACACAGGCGAGAAGCCAUACGCAUGCCCAGAAUGCGGGGAAUGCUUCAGGCAGAGCUCGCACCUCAGUCGGCAUCAGAGAACCCAUGGCAGCGAGAGGUACUGUAAGUGUGAGGAGUGUGGGGAGAUCUUUCAUAUCUCCAGCCUAUUUAAACAUCAGAGACUGCAUAAAGGGGAGAGACCACACAAGUGUGAAGUCUGCGAGAAGAGCUUUAAACAGCGCUCAGACCUCUUUAAGCACCAGAGAAUCCAUACAGGAGAGAAGCCCUACAUGUGCUUUGUCUGUGAGAGAAGAUUCAGUCAGAGUGCAACCCUCAUUAAACACCAGCGAACUCACACUGGAGAAAAACCUUAUAAAUGUUUUCAAUGUGGCGAAAGAUUUAGACAGAGUACACACCUUGUCCGACACCAAAGAAUCCAUCACAAUUGAGUCUCUGGGCUUAGGGCGGAGAAG